UAAUAUAAAAAAAAUAAUUGAGGACUCUGUCGUAUGCGUAGUUUAUGUUACGAUAUAUCAAACUAGAAGUACUAUGAAGGUUAUGAUCGAUACAAAACAUAUCGAAUCAUUUUGUAUGACGAUUUGUUGCAUUAAUAAUUAUUGCCCUGAGAGAUCAAUGAUAUCGUUUUCUUCUAUUUUGUUUAAUUGUAAGCAAAUUUAACUAUUAAUUUGUAUCGUGCGUAGAAUUAUCUAUGCAUGAUUUUUUUGAGGUUAUAUUGCAGACGUAUUUUUCUUUGAUAUUAACACUAAAAAUAUAUUAGAGAAUAAAAAGGUAGCAAUGUGAUCCAUAACCUUUGAAUUGUGAUACUUAUAAACAAAAGUAUAUUGGUUGAUGAUAGUGAUGCAUUAUUUAUUAUUAAGAUGAUACAUAUUCAUUAUUGUGUUAUGGUAUGAAAUGAAAUUGAUUCAUUUCAAUGUUGACCCUUCGGUUAAGAAUUCAAGUGAACAAGUGAUAUGGCUGAAUUAAAGAACGAGGAGAAAACUGUAUUGGAAGCAGGCACUGUAUUUUUGUUAAUGAAGAGAGGAUUUCCAAUCUCCCGCAAUGUAAGAGCGCAAUGGAUGUUAGAACAUUUGGAUAGUGUAAUAGAAAUUCAACAGUCUAAUACUAAUUACGAAGAUGCACCAGAGUUGGAAGUUGUAUCUGUGUUACCAAAUGGAUCGCCUGCAUCUUGGUCAGCUGAUACUAGUCAUCAAUUUCUGUAUAAAGUUUUAGGAACUACUUCUAUCAUUUUUCUAGCGCAUAAGUAUAGAAUGGUUUUUAGUUUGGAUUUGAGUCCAUCGCUUGCUACCAUUGAUAUACAGCAUGGAGCAAUUGUAAUAGAUGAGGUAUAUUUAGCUACGAAAAUAUAUCUUGAAAGAAUAACUAGACCGUUUACAAUUCCAGGAAGUAAGCGUAUAUUACAACCCGAGAUUUUUGUGACGGUGAUAGCACAUACUCCAUUUCUUACAAGUCCGGCCCAACAAGUGUUGGUACAAGGAUGGCUGCUUACUGCCAAUAAUGUUAAUAGUCUAAUACAACAUUUAGAAAAGCAAUUAAAUUUAUUAGAAGAAAAAGUAUCUUUUGUAGCAGCUAUUGCUAAUCAACAAUUGGAAACUUUGAAGGCUGAAAAUGAGCGUUUGGUCGGUGGUCUUUUCGAAGAUGGUACUAGUUAUUAUAAUAAAAAUAAUAAUUGCGUCGGUAAUACUGCCAUGAUUUUACCGGAAGGUAACUUUAUUAACAUGCUGCGAUAUGGAAUGUUGGCUCUUACUUUGUUACCAGAACAUAGCUGUGCGCAUUUGAUUAUUAUUACCGAUGGUAUAGUUAGUACAACAGAUGUUCACUUAUUAGAUUCAAUUAUGCAACAAUUGCGUGCAACGACUGUUGCGUGUAGCUUUGUACAUGUGGGUAGCAUGUACCAUCCGCAUUGUGCAGAUGGAUUAAUCCCUUAUCAGGAUCUCUUGUGUUUUCUCGCAGCUGCAACUUUAGGAAGUUAUAUGACUUAUAUGCCACAAAUUGUACCUGAACCCGAGGAAGAUAUAAAUAUAUAUCAUAAAAAUAUUUUCUGUUGGCAAUUGUAUCGCGACACGUGCAAUUUUACAAUCCCAACUAAACAAACCAAGUGGCAUUCUAAUAAUACAUUUUUUUAUGGACACAAACCGGUUCAUCUUCUAAGAAAGAAACAAAUUGACGAUCAAGUUACCUGCACUUUGAGUAGUUUAUUGUGUUGUCGUUUGCGCGAAGGAUAUUUAAUUAAAAGAGCGACAAUAAGAGAUGACAUUCUCGAAAUAUGUUUUGUUCUUUUAUGGAAAAGCAAUGUUUUUUUGGAACAUUUGGUAACGUGUCCCUGGUCUUCAAAGUCUCUGUCUGUUUCUAACACUAUACAAUAUACAAUUACUAUAGAAGCACCUUAUGAAUUUCUGCACGACAUAACGUGUUUAUCCAAGAAACCAUUAAAGUCGCAAUAUCGUCAAGGUGUAGUCUCACGUUUUUGGGUAGCCAUUAAAUCUUUGACUGAAAGUGACAACAUGUUGGCACACUUUAGUUGGUUUCCUGGAUCCGGUUGGAGUUGGUACAACAUACCAGAUACUAUUAGAAGUGGAAUGCCUGUUUUUAAUCUAUCAGCUCACCCUGUGCCUAAUACUCUUCAGCUUAGCGAUGCUGCCUGCCCACAGUUCGGACAAAUAUGGCAUCCAGUAGUAUCAAUGGAAAUCGUACAGUGGGCACGUUGGAUGCACACGCAAAGAAUCACAUUACUUUUAUCGCAUGAUCGACCAUUACCGAAAUAUUUGCAUCAGGCUAAUCAGAAUGGAAGAUUUCAAUGGAUUCAAUGUCGUCAAGCAGCUGCUGUCCUGUAUGCCAUGUUGAAGACCUGGGCAACAUUUGUACUAGUUGAGAAUCAUACAUAUGUCCAGUUUAUAUACAAAGAAGUAGAGAAGCCACCAGUUGCAUUUUCAUUAAUACGUGUUAAUUGUAAGGCCCUCUGUGUCGUGUUAAAUAUUGCAUUCACAGGUGGAACCGAAGGUGGUGUCAGGCAUAAUGUCGUGGUCGAUCUUAUAGAAAGAUUAUCUCAACUAACUUUGCCGAAUAGACCAAUGGAAUAUCGUGAAACACUUUGUUGCACGGUUAUACACAAACCUUUAGAAAAAAUUUUGAUACGUUACGAACGCGUACCUACGGAUCCAAGUACUAUAGUCUUUCCCGAUAAUGCUCAUACGAAUUCUAGUAGAAAUUCAACGAUAUUGACCAACAAUCAUACUACGACCCUAUCGAGAUACUUGUAUCAUAAUCGAUGGCUGUGGCACGUGAAACGACCCUUUGUACAUAUCGUUCCUGGUAUUACAUUACCACGAUUGAACAUCACAGCAAUCGCCAGGAUUCUCUCAACUAUUACAAAAAUGCGUUUAGAGGAAGGUUUCUAUUUCGCUUAUUCGGCAGCUGGUAUCAUAAGUAUGGUAUUGGAAGUAAACAUGCAAGGUCUUGGAAAAAAUUCAGAACACUUUCCAUGCAUCAUACAAUAUAUUUUAUUUCCACCGCAAGUAGUAUUGAACAAUACUUUAGAGGCAGAUCAAUCUGACGAAGACACCGACGAAGGUACUGUGGAUGGUGAUCUUAGCACGGAUGACUGCGAAGGGUCUGGUGAUUUUCAAAUAAUCACAGAAAUUUGGAUCGAACCGCAAUAUGGUCAUGUUGGUAUGUUGAGUAGGCAUGCGGCUGAUUUCUUACACUCUCUACAAUAUCAUCAACUUCCUGAUGCGAUCGCUCGAAUAGACGAAGAAUGCGUGAACGCACUUUUAACACUCGAAUACCUGAGCCAACUCUGCCAGGUGACGCCAAUAGAAAAUGGCAACGAGGUGAUUUCCGGUCAGGGUUUUCAAACAUUAAAGACCAACGAUCGUAGCGUUGAUUCCAAUGGUUAUGGAAAUUCUGCAGGAUGUUUUAAGGGAUCUACGAUGAUCGACGAAAGGAUACAUCAUAUGCAAUUCACCUUCGAUGCACUCAGUAUACUACCUAAAUGCCAACAAGGCGAAUUAAUCUUCUCGAUGUUUGCCAAUGGUACGGAUCAUGUUGAGGAAGGAAGACAAAGUGCUAACAGGAUUCUCAUGGAAGGAUUUUUAAAACGCGUUAAACAUUUACAUAACAAAGAACUUCAAUUAACUAAUAGCCAAUCGCAAAAAUUUACGGAGAUGCUUUUUAAUAGGCCACGCGACGAGGAUUCCAAUUCAAUAUUUUUUUCUAAAGAAGGAAAUAAAAAAAAUGAAACCCCAUCGGAUGACGACCAUCCCCAUUGGCGUUGUUUCGUCAAAGGAAUAAGUUCGACCCACGUGAUCAUGACCAUUUUACCAGCAUCCGAAAAAGAUGUUUAUCUUAUAGCACAUCAUAGAAAUCAAAACGAAAAAGAAGCGUCGUCUUCCAUUGACAAAAAUUGUUCUAACUUUGAAGUAAACGAGAUCAAUUGUUCAACGGAUAACUCGUAUGAAAAAAAAACAAUCGAAUCUUUCGAACAAUCAACAUCGGGCAACAAUACUAAUUCUAAUCGAUCCAAUACACCUGUCGAAAAUAAUACGAAAAUUAUCAGCAGUUCUGAAAGCCUUUUGAUUCCUGUUUACGUUUACAAUUGUUCGUUGACUUUAUUAAUCGACGCGUUGAUAGAAAAAUUGGAAUCACCACGUAACAAGGAUAUUUAUCAGGAUCAUACAUUUCGGAUUGGUCAGAAAGAUCGCGAAGAGUUUAUGCAUUCUAAAUUAAUGAACAAUAUGAAAACUUCCUCGCCUGAACCGAAAAGUGAGGAUUCUGAUAACACAACGAGCGAUCAAAAAAGUUUAAUGGAACAUUGCAAGAUAUUAAAUUUCGCUCAUUGUCAUUGUUACGUAGCUGCUGUUUACAAAUCUUUAGCACUUCAGCAACCACUCAGUUACGAAGACAUGGAAGCAGCUGUUGAAUUAUGCGAAGAAAGUUUGAUAGAAAUAGAUAUUACUAAUUAUUUGCAAUCGGUAUGCAGACAUUUGAGUAUAUCCCAAGAUGGUAACUUGUUAAAUCACUUGAACAGCAAUGUUUGCUGUGACGUUAAACCCUUGCACGAUUUGAUAAAAGAUAAGUUUGAAAGUAUGAUAACUGUUGCCUUCAGACCUGUACCAGCUCAUCCUGAAUUUUAUUAUUGUUCGCCAUUGUGGCUUUCGAAAAAAACGGAUCGAGCUAACUUUGAAAGAUCCGAUGACAGCGAUGACGAAUUCACAUUUCAUUCGGAAAUCGAUUGCAAAUUGGACGAUUCAUCGCGUCAAGAAAACGAAGAUGGAAACGCAACGGGUUCCAGUGAUUUUCGUAAAUUACCUAAUUGCGUGUACUCCAAUAACGAGUUACAAGAUGACAACAUAUGCGAUAAAGAACAACCAUUGUUUUUAAGAUUAAGUUGUUCGAUAUAUUUUCGUUCUGGAUGUAGAAGUACGUUAGUUAAUUUACUUCCAACGUGUUUAAACGAAAUUAUGCAAAGAAUGGAUAUCGAAAAUGACGACACUGAAAUGGAUUUGAUUAAUUUGAGUAAUAUCAAAGUAACCCUGGGUAUUAUUUGUUUGAAUUUACCCAGAGAAGUGGUAGACGUUACCGCAAAACGUUGCAUUAAUAUGAAAAAUAAUGUAUUUUUUGAUAUUACAAUGGACAACGUUCACGUUGUUGAAUACGAAAGAAGUUUGAGCGACGAAAAGAAAUCGGAAAAUUUGCCUGACAGUAUGAAACAUCUUCCACUACAUCAGCACAGUGCUAUCACCAAUUUGACUUACGAAAUCGAAUGGUUGUUGCAAGACGAAACGGCUACAGCACUUUUGGAUCGUUCACCACCGACAGAAAAAACAUUGAAAUUCGUGGCACGUCACGUUUCUGAAUCAACAGAACGAACCAGUUGUUCUAUGGACAAAGUACCCCUCCAUUUUGUAUUCCCAUCGGAGAACAGUGUAUUGAAAUUUUUGGAAGAGUUGCAGAAAUUACAAAUCGAUCGUUAUUGUAUUCAGCAAGAAGGUUUUUUGUAUUAUUUUAUUAAAAAUACGCCAAAUUUUGUCGACGAAAUCAACGAUAACGACAAUGUUUCUAAUUUAAAGGAUCGUGUUGUAAUAAGGAAAGAUGAUAACAGCGAAAAUAUCGAACAAAAUGUAUCCGGGGAACUUCGAAAUUCUGGAAAAUUUGACACGACCGAUCCACCAGGUUGUUACUCUGAUAUUUCUAGCAUUGGUGAAGGCAAAGUAGGUACUGACGAUGGUUACGAAGGUGAUAGUAGUAAUUCUGAAGAUGAUUUGCAAUGGUUGAUAGAACUUGAUAAACGGAGAGACAGUCUACCGAAUUUCUGGCUAAUUUUGCAAGUAGAAACUAGCCACGUCAAUGUAUAUUUUCAUUGCAGAUUCUUAGAAUUGGUCUCCCCGGAAGUAGAUUGUUACAAAUUGAUACAAAAGAUGGUGGUCAAUCAAAUAAAAAUGAUUUGUCGUCGUGUCAAUCAAUAUUUGUUACUUCAAAAUCUUCACGACACGCGUUCGUGCGACAACCUUUUGGAACCGGAAGUUAACGAGGAUCACGUUUGGAGAGGGGAUACCAGUAGCGACUCGGGUGGUUCAUUACAAAGCAAUAAUUCGAUUUUGAAUUUUGCGCCAGGGAUGUUUCGUUGUCCUGUAGUUUGGGAAGUACCAUUUUACUUGCAUCCACGUUUGAAAACCGGUCCAGGAAGGUCUGGUCUUUCACGUGGUAUCAAAGCAUUCCAUGGUGUUUUAAAUUGGCUCUCAGUUAACAAUCGAGAUAACAUGUUCGUUUAUCAAGAGAACAAUAAAAACGUGUUUUACUUGAGACUUCACGAACAGACCAACGAUGGGAAACCACUUCAAAAUAAACUUUCAGAAAGCGACGAGAAGUUGACGGUUUCGAGAAGCAACAGUGCUGCAUCUUUAUCACAAGCCAAAGGAAUUGACAGUUCAAACGAUCAUUCUCUAACAAAUGACACCAGACCUAGAGUCCGAUCUUUCGGUGAAAAGGAAUCUGACAUUCUUAACAAAGCUGGUGAUUCGAUCAUAUUGAAGGUACACGGUAUUUCUGAAGCUGGACCAUUGGUCAAAUGUGACUUGGUACAAGUUUUACAAAAUCGUUUGGACGAUGCCGUAUUCGAAGUAUUAUCCGUUAUGUUAGCUCGUAAUCCUAUGUGCAAAUUAACACCAGCGGACGUUCACUUCAUUCAAAAACCGUAUAAAAAUCCUGAAACCAUCGUACAAUUGUCCGUUCAAUCGCAUUGCUUGCUUCACAUGGCUGCGUUAGGACAUUACCUCAGACAAAACUUAUUACAAUUUCUUUAUAUACCUAAAUAUACCGAUCAUAGAACGUGUUAUCACUUUCAAGAUUAUUCGCAACCGGAAGGUUCCCCGAACAGGGUUGCCGAAUCUGAUAUAUUUUUAUACAAUCAAAGUCCAUCGAGUGGUAGCAAAGGAAUAGCUUGUAUAGCUUUAGCAAUUGCCGAUUCAAAGAACGAAAAUAUUCGUCAGAUCGAUGAUGAUGAUGAUAUAUCCUGCGAUACGAAUCUACGUGAACAAUUGAAAAGUGAACAUUUUGAGAAUCUAGUCUCAACUUCUAUAUACACGAGUAAAAGUAACUCGAAACAGGUGAUAGAAUUUAGAAUUUGGAAACAGGGUAGGGUCAAUUUGGAAGCAUUGUUACAAAAGUUGUGUGCUGCUGUUAAAUACGCAACAUGGGAUUUGGUUACUGAAUAUAAUCUUUUGUCUACGGCUCUUACCGAACCAUUGGAAAAUAUAGAAAAAGUUAUUUCAACGGAGGAUAAAGAAACACCUGUAGAAAAUAAACCUAUUCAAUCUAAAGAUCCUGACAAUAUUGUAAUAAACCAAUACGAAUUUGGCGAGGAAGGUAAACUAAACGAAAUUUAUCACACGAUAUUAACUAAAUGGUUCAAAUAUGCAUUGGAAGUUGGCGUACCUGCUGUGAAAAAACACGAAGUUAUUAUUCAUCAUAGACACUCGAUUCCCGUUAUAGUUCGUGAACUUCAGAAUUUAAUACGGGGUCAUGCACCAGACACGUCGAGCAGGGCGUUCGUUUUACGCGAUCGUCAGCCAUUUCUUAGCGAAACUGUCACAUGUACGCCUAAUCUUUUAGCUUUUUGCGAAAAUACGGAAAGUAGAAAAAGAUGGGUUACCAAUGUGAACGAACGCGAGAGAACAUUGUCACCGGUUUACGUGUCAUGUGAUUUUAGCAAACACGAGCAAGGAACUUAUACCAAUUGUAUUUUGAUAGCUAGAAAUUUUUAUCAAUGGAAAGUGUCAUUCGGUAAAACGAUCGAGGAGGAAUUGCUUGUUCCCAAAGAUCAAAAGUUAUUACAAAAAUUCAAUCCUUUGAUAUUACCGUCCGACUUUGUACCAAGACAGCGAAUAUUAUUAGCUGAAAUUCAAAGCGGCAAUAUAACAUUUUAUAUGUACAACUGGUCGAAAGAGAGAUCGGAAAAAUUUAUCAAACAAACCACGAGUUUGGGUACCUGGCUUUCAUCCAGGUCGCAACUCUUCACUAAUAUAAUAAUGCAUAAAUUAGGUAUAUUUCAUCAUCAACCAACAACCAAUUAUCAACAAGGCGAACAAAGUAAUUCCCAGUAUUAUCAGAUCACCGAUAUGGAAAGUUUAACGAAAUUUCCACACUCGUCCCACGGUGAAAAUAAAUCUGUUUCCAAACAACACACUAGGAAUAAUCCUUUACCAUGGAAUCAGUUAGUUGGACAAUCAUCUAAAGAAACUGAGAACAGUUUGAACGACGAUAUUGAUCCGGUAGUUAAAACUGCAUACGAUUUGCAAGAUUUUCGUCAUCGUGAAAGAAAAGCCAAAGAGGAUAUGAACAAAUUGUAUACAAUAUGGCAAAAUCGUAGUUCAGCAUCAAACAUACCAGUUUGUUGCGACACCUUGAACACGUUUAAACAACAUUCUCGUUUGAUACACUUCUGUCAUACACCAUUAUUAUUUUUACCAACAUGGCGUUUGCAAUCAGCUGCUACCAGAGAUCAUUCCUUGACACCACCGUGUUCUCUUGCAUCUAGUAACGUUAGUCAACAAACCAACGAACAAAUCCAAUUGAAAGAAGAUCCAUCGAAAGCUGUGAUCGUUAAAUGGCAUCGUGAACUUUGCAAUUCGAUGUUGACCGAAUACAAACAGUAUUUGCAGAUAUUAGGUUUCAGUCCUAUUCAAGUUGAAUCGCAAGAUAAAAUAGACACGGAACAGACCCCACAUCAGACCCAUUAUUUGAAAAAAUCUAUGUUGGGUGGUGUUUUGUUGUUCGAAAUUCACUUGUCCCAGCCAUUUUUUAUUGCAAAAUUACGCGUAAUCGAAUGCAAUCGUCUUUCAACCAAAACCAACAGUGCCAUGGUCAAUCAAUUCGUUUUGAGUUUCGUUGAUGCCUGCGAUAAGAUCAAAAUCAACAUGCACUUGCAUUCGUUCACGUAUGAUUUCCAUUUACGUUGCAUACACUCUUACAUUGCUGGAAAAGGUUUUUGGUCGUUACAACAGGGCUACCAUUUGACCCAUUUUCUCGAUGAUUUUAAUAAAUAUUACAGCAAGGCACCCAACUACGCGAGAAAUCUCGUUUACAGUGAUGUGAUCAAUGUGAGGAAUUUGGCUACACCGGCUCGUAUGUUGUACACAUAUUUAUUAGCACACGAGGAAACUUAUGGCAUGCGAGCUUUCGUGAUGUCUAACGAACCUCAAGAAUCUCAGGAAGGUGAAUACGUGUUGUUUAAAUUACAGAGUACUCCUCUGGUUAGUUAUUGCGAUGCACAAGACACCAGGUACACCGAUGACUUCGACGUAGCUUUGAUAGUAUCGAGAAUCGAACAAUCACCGGAAAUAGAAAAAACUGAGAUAACAUUGAAAUAUUAUCUGAUGUUAACGAGCAAACGCGAACUUUAUCCUAAACGUGACUUGGAAAACAACAAACUUGGCAAAUUUCGUACAGUUUAUAGCGUUAUCAAAUUGGCUAACAGUUCGCAGCCAGGAAAUUCAUCUGAAUCUAAUUCAAUGUCAACGAUUGUUCAACCACCACCACCACCACUAGUUAGAAAAAGUUCCAAUCGUGAAAUGAACAAUCCGACGGAUUCGGAUUCGCGUAACAGCGAUGUCGAUUCGAACGGGAAUUCUAAAGAAUCCGAUGAGAAAAUAUCAACCAAUAAAACGAUCAAUAAUAUGGCACCGACCCCACCACCCGUACCUAAUUCACCCCUAACUCAAAAUCAUAACAUUUUGAAUACGUCGAGUUCGUCGUCGUCACCCCACUUGGUACAAAUUCGUCAGGAAUCAGUCAAUUAUUUGGGAUAUUAUUCGUCCCACGAACAAUUGAUGCAACAAUUGAUCAUGUCCCAAGCUCAGGCAGCACGUCAGCACAUAAUCGACAUGAUCGAACGCGGUGCAUCCCAAUGUAGGACUCAUUUACUUUGGAACAAAUUAUUUGAGAACAAAUCAUCGAUGACUUACACAGAGUUCAUGGAAUUGUGUUCGUUGGCACACGUAGAACCACUUUCUCAAUUGGAACCACGAAUUAGUCCGCUUAGCAGCCAACCUGUCUCUUGGUAUCAAACAUUGACCAAAGUACUUCAAAAUAAAUAUCAAGAAUUUCAUAAACAAUUUAGUACAGCCGAUGGGAAUAUAACUCAUCAUUUGAUAUUACAUCAUAGAUCGUUACAAGCGUUUACUAUGCUGACGAUUGAUCUUCACACAUCUAGAGGGGAUCUUUACGUAGUUUAUCGUAAAUUGGCUGAAGUUACAAACGCCCCUGUAAAUAUGGAAGACGUUUACAGUUUGAUCGAAGGAUUUAUCAAUGCUUGUUGUUUUCAUUUAUGGACUAGUUUGUGUAAUCAAUGAUCUGACGUAAGAAAUGUUCGAACUGUAAAUCGUAGAUCUAACACGUACUUACGAAUAUUCGACAUGAUCGUUAAUAUUAUUUACUCUCGUAAAAGUUGAAUGAUUUUGAACAUAUACCGUUGAGUACCUUUGUUAUCGCCAUUGUUCAAAACUUUAUCUUUUUAUCGUUAAUCUCGUCAUUCUUUUAUUAUUAUUAUUAUUAUCAUCGUCUUGAAUGAAUUUUAAAUUUAACACGACUUGUAUAUAUACCUAUAUAUAUAGAUAGAUAUUGUAUAAAAAUAAUAAGGAAUUUUUCU